AUGAAAUCACGAAUUAGUCACAAGUCGGUAGCGAUGUGAGCCGGACGCCACGCUCUUUACUUGCCUUCGCGCUCUUUCGCGCCGCGGCCGGUUCCCAGCGGAUUUAGGCCAAGUGUUUCUCUUUCCUUCCUGGCCACAAACGUAACUCUAUCCUUUUCUCCUAGUGCUACUUUCAUUGAUGUAAUCAGUUCAAUGUUUACACUUAGAUAUCAGGUGAUGAAAAUUCACUGUGUUUUGAAUGCUGAUAAAGGAUUUCUCAGCUGGUUGCCGAGCUUUAUGUAGGUAUGGGCGACGUGAUAUCGAGUCGCCAUGCCAAUUCUACGCAACGCUGAUCACCCCGCGUCGCAGGCCACCGACUCGGUGAGCCUGCGCUACGCGGUGGCCGUGCUGGGGGCCUGGGCCGCCGAAGGAGCUACGUACCCCUUCGACUUGACGAAGACGCGGCUGCAAAUUCAGUCCGAAGUCGCAGCCGCUAACAAAGCCGGAUAUAAGAUCGAGAACCAUGGCAUGAUAAAAACAGCAGUAGGCAUCGCGAAACAAGAAGGCAUUCUAAAACUAUGGAGCGGUCUGAUGCCCAUGUUCCAACGACACAUCAUAUACUCGGGCAGCCGUCUCAUCUUCUAUGAAGAAUUCAGAAACAGGUUCAAGGAUGAAGAUGGGAAAACGUCUCUGAAAACCGCGUCUUUGGGCGGGCUGGCGGCGGGCGCGUUGGCGCAGCUUGUGGCGUCGCCCACGGACCUGGUGAAGGUGCAGAUGCAAGCCGAGGGUCGGAGGGUUCUGCAGGGCAAGCCACCGAGGUACACUGGUUGCUGGCAGACGUACAAGCUACUCUAUAGGGAGAGCGGGAUUUUGGGCUUCUGGAGAGGAGCCGUCCCAAACGUGCAAAGGGCAGCGCUAGUGAACAUGGGCGACUUGGCAGCCUAUGACUACAGCAAACAAUUCCUGAUGCGGGAAUUCGGCAUGGCAGACAACGCGCUGGUGCACGCCGGGGCGGCGUUCGCGGCCGGUUUCGUGGCUGCCGUUGUGGGCACUCCGGCAGACGUGAUGAAGACCCGUCUGAUGAAUCAGCCCGUCGGUCCGGAUGGGAGGGGCGUCCUGUACCGUGGCAUGAUCGAUUGCCUCCAGCAAUCAGUGAAGAACGAAGGCAUUUUGUCCUUGUACAAGGGUUUCUUGCCUCUCUGGAUGCGAUUAGGCCCGUGGGCACUGAUCAACUGGAUGGCUUUUGAAAACAUCAUGCUUGCCUUAGGGGGAAAGACAUUUUAGAAAACAGAACAACAGUUGCAUAAGUCAAUAAAAAUAAGCAAGACAAUGAUUUAGGUAACGUGAAGUCAGUUUUAAAAGCUGGCUAGAAGUUUGGGCAGAGAACCAUAGUGACUGAUACCUAAGUAAGCGCCACUUGCACCAUCCCACUAACCCGGGGUUAACCGGUUAAACCGAAAACCCAGUGUAACCAUGGUAACUCCAGAUUGAUGGGCCAGGGCCAGUGGGAUGAUGCAAGUGGCACUAAGUCUAACUAAACCUGAAGGCAGGUCUAUAAUGUAAAAAGCUAGCUACUACUACUCUUGACAUUUCAUCAAGUGUAGAUGCCAACCCAAACUAUUUUGAUUGCGUAGCACAAUUUAUAUUUUGUUUAUUUAUUUUACUUGUUAUUGUUUUAUUAAUUGAUAUAGGUAUUUUAAUGUGGAAUCAUAGACCAACUACGUUUAAGUGAUAUUGCGGGGCCUCUAUCCUAUCGAUGUUUUUUUACGUUUGUUUUGGUUAUGUCUUUAAGUCUUUGCGACCAACCAAGAUUUUAUUCGUAAGAUAGGUAUUGUGCUUAAAGGUUUUACCUACAUAUUUCAAUGAAAACAUCAAAAAGACGCAAUAAAAUAUCCCUAGGAUUAAGCGCAAGGCGUGAACUUAGUAGAGAUAAGUAAUACAUAGUACUUAAGUAGAACCAUGUAACGAUGAGAGUUUGAAACACUUUAUAAAGCGAUUUAGACCAUUAGGUGCUAUCUUUUUUAACCGACUUCCAAAUCUCAAAGAAGGAGGUUAUCAAUUCGGUUGUAUGUUUUUUUAUAUUUUAUUUUUUAUUUUUUUUAUGUUUGUUACUCCAUAUCUCCGUCAUUACUAGAUCGAUUUUGAAAAUUCUUUUUUUGAUUGAAUGUAUAUGCAUACAGAUUGGUCCCGUUUUUGUCAAAACCCAGUUCUGAUGAUGGGAUCCAUGAGGAAUCGAGGGAACUCCUCGAAUCUUAAAGGCAUACAUAUAGUGAUUAUUGGGUUUUUAUCAACAAAUCAAGCAUAUACACCCAAAAACGUGACAUUUGAUGAAGUGGAACUGCUGAUGAUGAUCAGAACGGAACUCUUUAACGACGCAUAGUUCACGGUUGGCGAUUUGUCCUCUUCGUUAUGUUUGUUAAGCAAGUUAAGUUUUUAAGCCACAUUUUUGUCAAGCUCGAGUUCUGAUGAUGGGAUCCAUGAGGAAUCAAGGGAACUCCUCAAAUCUUAAAGGCAUGCGUAUAGAGAUUUUUGUAUUUACAUCAGAAAAUCAAGCAUUUUCAUUAAAAACUGUUGCAUUUGAUGAAGUGGAACUGCUGAUGAUGAUCAGAACAGAACUCUUCAACGACGCAUAGUUCACGGUUGGCGAUUUGUCCUCGUCGUUAUGUUUGUUAAGCAAGUUAAGUUUUUAAGCCACAUUUUUGUCAAGCUCGAGUUCUGAUGAUGGGAUCCAUGAGGAAUCAAGGGAACUCCUCAAAUCUUAAAGGCAUGCGUAUAGAGAUUUUUGUAUUUACAUCGGAAAAUAAAGCAUUUACAUUAAAAACUGUCGCAUUUGAUGAAGUGGAACUGCUGAUGAUGACCACAACAGAACUCUUCAAUGACGCAUGGUACACGUUUGGUGAUUUCGAAUUUCGAUUUUGACUUGGACUGGGACCCGGACUCGGACUCAUACCCGGAUCCGGUUCGGACCCGGAUCCGGUUCCGACCCGAACCUGGACUCGGAUCCGGAUUCGGACCCGGACUCGGAACCGGACUCGGAUCCGGACUCGGACCCGGUCUCGGACCCGGACACACCCGGACUCGGACCCGGACCUUGACCCAGAAAACCACUAUGAUACCUUAACUAAAUAAACAACUAUGAUUACCUACCAUAAAAUAAAUGUAGGUAUAAAGUACGAUGAUGCCAAUCUUACUGGCCCCUCCCGCUUAAACCCCCGUACACCGCACGGCAUGCGCCAUUAAGUGGGUUAGGUUAGGUUUGAACUGCGAUCCUCACAGAACCGAACAAGGAUUAGGUUAGGUUAGAACUGCGAGCCUUACAGAAACGAAAUGCUACUUGAUGAAAAGUGGGUUUGAUUAGGUUCGAACUGCGAUCCGCACAGAACCGAACUGCUAUCUGAGGAGUGGGUUAGGUUAGGCUAGAACUACGACCCUCAAGGCUCCUCUUCACGAUGAGCCAACGCCGGCCACUCCAAGGGACGCAUUUAUGCGUUAGAGGGAGCAAGUGAUAUUGCUAUCUCAUUCUACCGCAUGGCUGCGUCCCUUGGAGUGGCCGGCGUUGGCCCAUCCUGUAGAGGAGCCAUUAUACAGAAGCGAAAUGCUAGUAGAAAAGUGGGUGGUUUUACCUCCUUUUCUACAUAGUGUACCAUCUACAAUAAUCUUUCAUCGGCCCCCAUGGAAGUCGGUUUUUUUUUCUUAAAAAUUAUGUUAUAUUUGAUUUUAAGUUAAUGUGUAUAUACAUAUGUAUAGGGAUUCAUGUUGAAUUGAAUCUAGUGUAAUGAAGGGCAAACAUCUGGUAACUGGACCGUCAAAUUAAAAAUGUUACGGCCAAACGUAAUUGUCAUAAAUAUAUGUUAUUGGAGGUUUUACCCUACUAAGUUAAUUUUAUACCAAAGUUUUAUUUUAUAUUACAUUUGUUCUGUAGGUACUAUUACAAUACAUACUAAUUCUUGUUCAUAGUGUACAUUAGAAACGGCUUUCCCACAACGUAUACAGUAUGUGUUUAAUCCAGGAUUCUUGUCCAAGAUCAGUUAACAAAUAUAUGUAACAGAAAUCAAAUUAUUUCACUAGAUUUAAUUGUAUACAACCUACAUUUGAUGCCUCACAACUAAAACAUUUAUGUUAUGACAGUAAAGAUCUGCAUGAUUUCUCGACAAUUCAGAACGAUAUAAAAUGUUGUAAUUAAUAUUAAGUUAAUUUUAUCUCAGUUCUAAAAUACAUCUCGUAGAUUGUGCGAAAAGAGAAGUCGUAGAAUGUAUAGGUCGUGAUAUGUAUGAGAACAUAUCACGACCCUUCUCUUUCCGCACGUACAGACUAAGAUAAUAUUUUUCGUACACUGUCUAAUGUAACUGCUCAAAUGGAAGACGACGUUAACAUGUUACAAACACGUGUAAAAAGUACGAUAUUAUGCAAAACUUCUGAAAAACUAAGUCGUAUUGUCAGAAGUUUCGAAAUCGUACUUAUUAUCACAUUAUAUUAUUAUACGCUUACUGUUCAUAAAUCAAUAUUAUUUUUUGUUUUCCUGUAUAUUUUAUAAGAAUGCCGUUUACUAAAUGUGAUGUUAUUUAGGUAUAAUAAAUUAUUAAAUUGUUGAGAA